UGACACACUGUUGGACACAUCAGUGCACCGCCUUCCCAUCCAGCCAUGCUGCACUUUCUCUGGGACAGCAUCUCCUUCCCUACACUCCUCAUCUUCCUCAUUGUCUUCCUGUUUGUCGCUGACUACAUGAAGAACAGAAACCCAAAGAAUUUCCCUCCCACCCCUUUACGCCUUCCCUUUAUAGGGCAUCUUUACUUGAUGGACUUCAAAGAUCCCAUAGGUGCAGUGAUGAAGUACACUAAAAAAUACGGUGACAUCUUUGGCAUGUCCAUGGGCAGCAUGAAGCUUGUGGUAGUAAACAGGAUGAAGCUGCUGAAGGAUGUGCUUGUAAACCAAGGGGAGAACUUCCUUGAGCGCCCAGAAAUGCCUAUGGAGAUGUUCAGCAAAAUAGGUGAGUGA